CUCGGCCAGAGUCGGCGGCUGUCUGUUGCGCUGUUUAUCUACAACAGUGCAGAGGGCAACAUGUUGGAGCUCGGCCAGUUCGACGACGAGUGGGGCUCGCCAGAUUCCAUGUCGGGUUCGGAACUCAUGAAAGCACCGCGAGGAGCCAACUCGGCGCCUGAACCACCUCCCCUCUCAAGUGCUCCCACUGCCCAGGUGUGGUUCCGCGCCCAACCAGACCGUGAACUAUGGCUCGCCCCCCUUCGUACCGCAUCGACUUGAUACCACGAUGAACGCUGGACUCGCACUGAGCCAAUCCACGGAGCCGAAUCGACGACCCUAUGAAAGACGACAGAAUCAAGCAAUGGGCUUUGCAUAUACAUCAACAACCUUGGAAGCAUCGAUGGCUCGUCCCGAGAUACCGAUGUCACCUUGAACGCCACUGACGAAUAGGGCAUGAGCCGGUGUAAAAUGGACACGGAUGCAACCUUCUGAGCCUCCAUCUGCCACGAGCUGACCACGUUGAGGCUAAAGCACGGGCUGAGUCAACAAUGCGUUGGCCAUCUGCCCAUGAAGUUUGGGGGCGGCCACCGUAAUGCCAGACCUCCAGCCUCAUUUUUCACUCGCCCCUUGCCUUGGACGGCUGCAGCAUACUUUCAUGCUACCACGAACGAGAUUCUUCGUGGAGCUGCUGCAUCUUGUCACCAACGAGUAUGGAGCCAGCUAGCCUCCCCGCUUGUCCUGCAUCCCACAAACCAGAGCACUGCCAGCGCCUCCCGUUUCUCGCGCUGACUCGGAAUCUCUGGGUGCCUGAAGUUGGAAGGGGACGAGUGGCCUGAAUAUCUAGGUAAGAAGACAAGAUACGAUGACUCAUUCUUGUGUGUGGUCCGUCGUCGCCUCGCUCACGCUGCGUUUGGCCGCCUCGUGAACGUCCUGCGCUGGCAUCUGGACACGAAGAAGCCAUCACGAAGCCCUCGGGGCGCAGAUGGCUGCCUAUUUUAAUCCACCAGAGUCAGGAUCUGGCAGCCGUUAGCGCCGUUUAUCCUGGAUUAGCGGUCCAGAGCCACGGGAGCUUGGGCGCUCUAGGCCCUGUCUGGCCUUACUCAUCUCGCUACACCGGGGCAUAGCCCAAUCACUGACAAGCUUAAAAUACGAUUGCUUGGCGACUCGGCCGCAAGAGGAAUGGACAAAGGAAAGGCGUCAACGGCUCGCAGGAAACCACCAAAGCCACGCCGGGCCAUGAUCCUGCUGUGUAACUCUGGGAGGGAUAUGGCACGUUAUUUUAUGUCCAUUCUGGGACGGAAAAUCCUUUUGCUGCCUUGCUACUCCCAUUGCACAUGUGCUCUGCCUGUUCAUAUAUACACACAAUGGCUGCAGCGGGACGCCCUCGCCCCCUCUCUCCUGAUGUCUCUUUUCUGCGCACGCGACUUUCUCCGCCGUCACUCGUUUACCUCCCUUUCGCUAGCCCUCAUUGAACAUGAAGGCAUCACUGGUCCUGGCGCUCUUCGGGGCUUGCACACAGCCAGCAUUUGCCGUUAUCCAAUUUCCUUUCGCGAGGCGUGGCAGCCCUCCCAGUGAUGUCGCCUCAAGCGCGUCCAAACCACGCGCCGUAAAUGCCGAGACCUUCAUGGGUGCCAUGACCUACGUGGUCAACGCUACUAUCGGGACGCCUGGCCAGCCUGUGUCUCUUGUUCUCUCAUCAUCAACUUCAGACACCUGGGUCAAAGACACAAGGUCGGGCGAUUGUACCUACUCAAGUAGCUACUACAGCUCCUAUGACGGCACAUAUGAUUCGGACAAUGAUUACUCUUACAGUACUGGGGAUUGCAUAUGGGGAAGCUUCUCAUCCAAUGUAUCAUCCACAUUCUCGUACGAGUCUGAGUAUGAAGACUCUGACGACAGCUAUAUAUCCAGCUACAGCUACGACUUUUAUACUUACUACCCGGACGGCUCUUACGCCCAAGGGAGAUACUUCAGCGAUGUGAUUACUCUAGGCGACGUGUCUUUGGACAAUUUCACUGUCGGCCUGGUCAACACCACCGAUCGGUACAUUGGUGUUCUCGGACUCGGCUACAAUGACUCCUCGCACUCGACCUUUGUGGAUCGUCUGGCGGCACAAGGCCUCAUCAACAGCACGGCGUUCUCAAUCUGGGUUGACGACGCGCAGGCAAGCUCAGGGAACAUUCUCUUUGGCGCCAUCGACAAAACAAAGUUUGAAGGAAACCUUUCCCGGUUGUCGUCGUCUUACUCCGGCGAAAAGAUGAUGGUGCAGAUCUCGAGCAUCAAUGCCACAACAAAGGACAGUACGGGGCCGAUCUCAAUCACAUACGAUGAGUACAGUGACACCAGCUACUAUGGCAGCUCGUCGUCGAGCUCUUAUUCCGGAUCAUCGUACGGUUACGAUGACUACAUGUUCACGGCUACCUUCUCUCCUCCUGAUCCUAUCAGUGUCUUACCUGACGAUGUGACCGCUCAACUCUGGGAGAUCGCAGGAUCCUAUUACGACACAAGGGCGAGCUUGGCGUUGAUAGGGUGCAACGCCGGAGGCACCGCAUCGACAACUUUCUCAUUCAGGCUCGGCAAGGGUCCAAACGGCCCCAACAUCUCCGUUGCCUUGGAAGACCUCAUCGUCCCGGUGACAGACGUCGACCUGAGAACAUACUCGUACCUAUCCUCAUACGUCUCCUCGGAUACGUGCGUCUUCGGCGUCCAAAACUCCAGCUACGGAUACGCUUACAGCCAAGGCUACAACCUCGGCAGCAGCCUCCUCCGCCGGACGUACAGCGUCUUCGACUUUGCCAAUGACGAGAUCGCGAUCGCGCCCGUCAAGUUCGACGCGACGGAGACGAGCGACAUUGUCGCCUUCGCCACGUACGGGGCCAGGGCGCCCUCUUCCACGAUGGACUGCACCUCUUCCUACUGCUCCAGAACGGGCACGGACGACGACGGCACCAUAAUCAACCCUGAUGGGACUGUCGCCGACGGCGGGGAGGACGACUCGUACGGGCUGGGCGCCGGAAUCCUCACGGUGCCCGCGCUCAUCGGAACGGCCCUGGGCGUCGGCCUGGGCUCGCUCCUCCUGGGCAUUGCCGGCUUCUUGCUGUGGAGGCAUCGCCGGAACAAGAAGCUGGCCGCGGGCAAGGACGGCGAUGCGUCGGUGCUCAGCGCCGAGGCCGGCGAGCCGGCUGCCACUGGGGCCAUGCCCGUCCCGCAGAUGUCGCAGGCCUCGCAGCCGCAGCCGCCACCCGGGUCCGCCAAGGGCAAAGCCCCUGAGAUCCUCAUGCCUGAGAACCUGGCGUCGUCGUCGGGCCACGGCCACGGCCCUGACGUGCACGGCUCGGAGUCUGCACCGGCUUCAUCGAGCCAUAAUGCUUAAUAACUUAUGACUUACUUAAUAUUAAUACUCUGUGUGUUUGGAUAUGUUAUGAGGAAACGAGGAGUCUGGCUCUGAUACCUAGAAUAGCAUGGCGAUCUGGCGAAUAGAGGAGAGAUACCCCUUAGCUUUAUGCCCGUGCUGUGUGUGCAUCCAGAUGUCGGUGUCCCACAUGAUGUCCAUCAAGCCAUUGAGGCACGACAACUACCAGGAAUGGUGGACGACACAAUUGACAUGAAAUAUCAUGUAUUCAUUACCCCUUUACAAUUUGCCAUACACAGGGUCCUCCUCAGCAGCAUCCACCCCCUCCGCCACCACCCUCUGCACCGCGGCGCCGAUCUCCUCGUCGCCGUCCAGCAGGUCGAUCCAGCUGUUCCUGACGCCCUCGGCCUCGAGCAGCGCGGCAGAGACCUGCGCCACGGCCUCCCUGCUCACCUUGCCCCUGCUGCUCUUGGUCUUUCCCAGCUCCACCUUGCCCGCGGGGUCAGUGGUGAGCGUCCCCGGCCGCAGGUUGAUCCCGACGAAGUCCUUGCCCCGCCUGGCGGACUCCUGGUACAGCGCCUCGUCCGCGGCGAGCUUGGCGAUGUAGUAGUUGGGGAGGAUCUUGUAGUUUACCUCCUCGGCGGCCUUUUGUUCGACGGGGCGGGGGUAAGAUUAGCACGUUGAUGUGCAGUAAGUAGUUGGUCAAGUAGGGGAGCGGGAGGGAGAUCUCUGUGUGUGGCUCACCUUCCAGUCGUCGUCGGUCCACCAGCUCGGCUUGUUCCGGCGCGAGUCGAGGUAUGAGAUGUUUAGGAAGCGGGUGAUUCCUGGUGUGUUGGCCGAGGCCUUGAUGAAGUGGAUGGCGGCGUCGCGGUCGACGGCGAAUGUCUGUGUGAUUUCACAGCCCAGUCAGCUUUUGCCUUCUCUGGCAUUUUAUAUUGUCAAGCAUACCCGCUCAGCUCCUCCUCUCCCUCCUGCGCCGGCACUCCAGAAGACAUAGUCGGGCUUGACCUCGUCCAGGAUGCUCUUGGCUUGCGACUCGCUCUUGACCUCCUCGAUGCUGCGGACGAGGACGUUAAGCUUGCCCUGCAGGCUCUCGCCCAGCUUCUUGAUGGCAGGGACCUGCUCCUCCGUGCGGAUGAUGCUGGUGACGGUCCACGACUUCUUCAGCAGGAUUGGGGUUAGCAGCUGGCUGAUCUUGCCGUGGCCGCCGAGUACGAGGACGUGCUUGCUCAUGAUGAUUUGAUGGUGACGUUCACUACGGACAGAGUCUGGGCAAUAUGCUAUGGUAUGAGAUGCAAGAUAGUUGUGGUGGUGUGAUGAGCUUGAACAAUAACUAUCGCGGGGUCAAUGGGCCGGGAGGAGGGGCAGCUUUUUGUGUGUCGAACGGAGCCGGCUCCCCACUUGCACACGAUGCUGUGAUGAUGCCAUUUCCUGGGCUUACAUAUAGCGGAAUUUAGCUUUUACGAUGAUCAUCGACCACCAUUACUCAGUCAUCCUGCCGUACUGCCAGGGACCGCACGUGUGAGCUGCGACCAACCCAGCUUCCCGGCGCGUUAUUCCACACAAGAGAUGUUGUCCAUCCACGGAUCGACAGCUACCCUUGUGAGGGUCAGUGAGGGUAUGAUGCAAUCGCUCACUAGGCUCCACAGGGCAGAGCUUCGCCAGGCGCGUCUUGGCACCGGAGCCGCCGGUCGAGCACGGAAUGGAGCCGCCGCAUCGCGACUCUGAAUCAGUUCAUAUUCCGCAGACAGCAUGGUCACGGAACUUGCCUUUGGAUAAUUAUUCAUUCAGCCAGAGAAGUACCUAGGCAUUUGGACCCGGGUCCAGUACCAUCCUGUUGUGCAUACGCCUCAAUUGUCUCUACCAAGACACAUGCAGCCAGCCAAUGUCGGUCUGGCAUAGUGGAGGAGCUUAGAUAAUUAAUUCAAUAUAUACAAGUCUUGUCACCGCUGUUCCCAGAGCGGAACAAUCCAAGCUACCCCGAUGGCCAGCCAGCAGCCAGAGAGGAAGAGGCGGGACCGACCUGUAGUCCCGACGGCUAAGGCAAAAGCAAGAACAGGCCAUGCCCAGACCGCCAGCCAGAGAAGACUCCAGGCAGCGAGGGGAAGCAUCCAGCCGACGCAGCAGAAUAGGGUACACAGCACGACGGCGGAGAACCACCACUUCUCCCUGGCUACCCAGCCCCCGAAACCGCGGAAGCUCAAGCUGUACUUUCCCAGCGCCAUGGCCGGAUCAGCUCCAACCCUCCCGCCCUUCAGAUGCCGCCUGAGGUGCGAGGUAAACUCCUUGUUCGACAGGCCAUAAGCCAUGUCAGCAUCGCCAAAAUCCAGGGCGAUGGACCUGGUCAAUUUGAUUGCCGCCUUGUAUCGAUUGGGGAUCUCGUAUGGCCCUCGGCGCGACAAUUUCAGGUGAGCCUUGAGCCACAUCACGAAGACUAUAACUGACCAGAUGGUCAUGAGGAGCAGAGCAAUGAAUGCUUGCAAGUACGAAAAUCCCCAUUUAUAUGU